AUGCGGGAGCCUCCGCCGCCAGCGCCCGGGGCUUCCUGGUGCUGGAAAGAUUUCUCCCGGGAGGCGCGUGCUGUGCUUGCUAACGACAAGUUUGAGAAGUCCUCCAAUAAUUUUUCUCGUGUCUUAGAUAUUCUAACACCAUUUUGGUUUGAAGCUGUUGUGCUUCAAACACAUAAGGGACACUGGGACUAUAACAUUUCUUUCUCUAUGGAUCAGGCAAUUCUUCUCCUCCUUUUAUUAAACUAUUUAUUUAAGGGUUCAGAGAGUCUAGACUGUGACCAAGUGAAAAAGCCUGCUAGAGUAGUUUUGAUGGAGUGGACUGAAUUGCCUAAAGGAGAGGAUCCAGACUAUUAUAUUGUAACAUACCAGCAAGCAGAUGCUUUCAGUCAAAAAAAUGUAAGAAACAUUUCUAAAGUUGAACAGAAACCUGUCAGUACUACAAUUCUGCUUGAGGAAAAUAAGAAGUAUGAUAUUACAAUACAAUCUCUAAAAAAUGGCCGAAUCUUAACGAUAAAAUCAUUUAAGACACGUGGAAUUUCAGAAAAUGACAUCAGAACAUUUGUGACAGCUACUACAGUGUCUUUUAAUUGGAGUACAAUGACCAAAGAAUUUUCAGUUUCAGCUUCACUGAAUGACACUUCUCAGUUUAUAAAAAACCCCAGUGGAUUCUUUGUUUGGAGUAAUUUGGCACCUGCCACCUUAUAUACAUUUAAGUUUAUAUUUGAACAAUUACAUCUUGAAUUUAUAAAUGUGUCUCAAGCACUGGAUGUUCAAGCUGAAACAGGCACCUGUUCCCAAGGGUGGGUGGCAUUCCAAAGCAGCUGCUAUCGAAUCGGUAAGGAGAGCAAGCCGUGGAAGGUGGCGCAAGAAAUCUGUGAAACGACUUCACAAGGGGCGCAUCUUCUUGACAUAGGGAGUGAAGAAGAACAUGGUUUCAUUUUGUCUUAUCUCCAGACAAUUAGUCAAAUAAUCAUGUUAUGGACGGGUCUUAAUGACCUAAAGGAAGAAGGUCGGCUCUUGUGGACAGAUAGAUCUCCUUAUCUUCUAAAGGCUGGUAUCUCAACUUUGUCAAUGAUACCAGAAAACGAAACGGACUGCUAUGCCCUUCAGAGAGAUCCCACUGGUCCAGGCUAUUUCUUCACAGGGUUUUUCUGCUAUAUACAGCUACCAUAUAUUUGUGAAUAUGAAUUACCUCUGGUACCAGAAAACUUCACGUUUAGUGUGCGUGAUGUCAAGACAACUGAAGCUGUAUUUAUGUGGAGUGAUAUGGACAUGCGGCUUAAGUCAGGCUUUGCCCUUAUAAUUAAGUACUAUUUUGAUCAGUGGAAACCAUACAUUCUGAACUUGCCUGUGAAUACAACUCAAGCAAAAAUUGUGCAGUUGUCUCCUGGCCUUUGCUAUAAUUUUUUAUUAGCAGCAAGGAACCCAGAAGGGACACAGACUAUCUUAAGUCCAAUUCUGAAGGUAGAAACAAGGCCAUUGCACUCCCAGAAGUUAGAGGCUACGUAUGUUUCAUCUGCAGAAAUACAUUUGAAGUGGAAGCCUCCACAGCGUUCAUCCAGUGCUUUUCAUUACUACCUAGUCAACAUUUUGGAUACCGAAACCAACAUCUGGGAACAGUUACCAGUUGAAAAAAACAAGACUUCAGUAGUAAUAGGAAAUGUAAAACCUUAUCAUCAGUAUCAGGUAUAUUUACAGAACGUAGCAGAGAAGGGAACUCUCAGCUGCCAUGAGAAGCCUAUAUUCAUCACAACAGCUGUCAGCCCACCUACAGCUGUUUAUAUUCACCCAGAGGAUGUAGAAGAAGAGAGUGUAAUCCUCCACUGGAAGCUGCCACAAGAGGGUCAGGAAUCCUACAUUCAAGUGAAACCUAAUGCAGACGUUGGUGACACUAUGAAGUUUUUAGUAAACAAUACAGAAGAGUUUAAGAUUGAUCUCCUAAUUCCUGGAAUGGAUUAUGAAAUAGCGGUGGCAAGUGUGAAUAAUGGAAAUAUGAGUGAACUGAAGACCGUUCAAUGCACUUUAAAGCCCAAGCCUGUUCAAAUUGUAGUUCCUUAUGUGCUUUAUAGCAAUGCUGUGGUAUUAUUUGUUCGCAUGCCUGAUAUUGGAGUAUUUGAUGGCAUAUAUGUUACAAGUAAAAGAGGACCUAAUGAAACAUUCGUUUUAAAAAGCGAUGGUAAAAUAAUAAUUGGAAACCUUACUGCAGGAACAGAAUAUGAUUUCUGCAUUUCUACAAAAAGUGGGAAAAUGUUGAGCACCUUUUACCAUGUAUCUGGUGUAAAAACAUGUCUGGCAGCUCCACUCAAUGUACGAGAAGGUAACGUUACAGACACUUCAAUACAGAUUGCUUGGGACCGUGCUGAUGGAGAUUUUCAGCAAUAUGAAGUUACAUGUACAAAUUGUGAGAGUGCUUUCAGGGUCCAGAAGGUCAAGCAAGAAACAGCAACGUUUUCCAACCUUACUCCUGGUAAGCUGUACAACUUUACAAUUCGAACAGAAAAGGAAGGUUUCAGAGACAGUAUUUUUGUGACAAAGGAAAUAGAGACAGCAAGUAUGUUCAUUCUGAAGGGUUCUUUCAUUUUUGGAAUGAUGUUUCUUCUCUCUGUCCAUAUCAGGCUUUCACUUGUAACACAAUUAUGUUUCUUCUUUUGA